AGAGGAGGAGUUUUGUUUCAAAAAAACGUUUUUAUUAUAAUUAUCUAUCUUAUUAUCUGAAUUUCAGUCUCGUUGAGUUUGAUGACUAAUCGACCUACCCACUUGGCAACCGAAUUCAUGCAGAAGAUUUUUCUUGCAAAAAUGGCAUUUGGAUUAUGAAUAAAUUUUUUGACUGUUACUGAGUCUCGUUGAGUUUGAUGACUAAUCGACCUACCCACUUGGCAACCGAGUUCGUAUAGAAGAUUCUUCUUGCAAAAAUGGCUACACAAUCAAUAAACUGUUAUUGAGUUUCAGUCUCGUUGAUGACUAAUCGACUACCCACUUAGUAACCGAGUUCGUGUAGAAGAUUUUUCUUGCAAAAAUGGCUACAGGAUCAAUAAACUCUUUGACUGUCGUUGAAGCAUCCGUCAAACGUCGUCGCACGAUGCAACCGAGCAAGGAUUCCCCUUACGAUUGGGCCGCGCCAGAAAAUGCAAGAGAGUCGAAUGCACGAAGAAACGGCGUUCAACGGCCGUUGAAGAUACCGUUAGCUUUUCGAAAAGCUGAAAUCCAUCCAAAUACGUACGUGUGUCUGAAGAAAGAGACCUUGACAUCCUACGCGGGCGUCGUCACACGUCGUCCACCGGCCGAGGCGAGGUCCGCGAGGUCUUUCUCCGCGGAUAGAGUGGUGACCACGGCGGUGAUGAUACGCGGUCGGAAAGAAGAACGAACGAAGACCAGCGGGAGGAAUACAUGCUCGGCUGUGACCGGUCAUUCUAAAUUUCGUCCAAUAAGAAGCCAAGCGACGCAGGUUGCGACACGGUUGAUUCGCGUCCUUGCGGCUUGUGUUCGACCCCCGUAUACCCCCGCGACGAGCAAAUGUGGGGAAGGUGGGGAAUUUCGGCGCGGGAAGAAGAGCGGCGUCGAAGAGAAGAAUCGUGCACUUCCUGAGCCGUGGAGAGUCCACCGCAAGGUCCUGCGCCGGUGUAAUUGA